CUGGCGAUGGUAAGAAUGCGCAUGUGUAUAUAAUCGAUACAGGUAUAAACCCAAUUCAUGUGGACUUUGGCUCUAGAGCAACACAGGAUUAUGGAAAUGAAGAUUGUAACGGCCACGGAACACAUUGUGCUGGUACCGUUGGUAGCUCUACCUACGGUAUCGCUACCGGAGCAUCCCUCCAUGGUGUACAGGUGCUCGGGUGUCUUGGUUCGGGUUCAUGGUCGGAAGUCAUUGCCGGUUGUGAGUACGUAGCGGAGAAUGCUAAGAAACCGGCCGUCGCAUCCAUGUCACUGGGCGGCGGACCAUCCCCGACUGUGGAUGAUGCCAUCAAGAAAAUGGUUUAUGCUGGCAUCACCGUGUCGGUCGCUGCUGGUAAUGAUAACUCUGAUGCUUGCAACACCUCCCCAGCUCGAGUCGAAGAGGCCAUUACAGUUGGUGCCACUGAAAAAACUGAUGUUCGCUCCUAUUUCUCCAACUAUGGCAAAUGUGUCAACAUCUUUGCACCUGGAACUGACAUCACUUCCACCUGGUAUACCAGUAGGCGUGCUACAAACACCAUUAGCGGGACAUCAAUGGCAUGCCCUCAUGUAGCAGGUGAGUGCAUCAUUACACAAAACAGUAACAUGAAGCCUUUAAUUAAGGCUUCUUCGGAACCUACCGCAACUGGCGCUCUGGGUGCGUGAAGCCUGGUUUCCAUAAAAAUCUCUACAAGCUAUUGCCGACUCCUUUGGCGACGCUGAUUGGUCGGUUGAAUUAGAGAAUGUUCCCAAUUGCGUCGGGGACAGCUACGCGCAGUGCAAGAAUUGCAGUAAAAACGCGGUAGCAACUGUAUGCGACAAUAUGAGGUUCUCGCCGCCACACCCACCUUAGCUCACCAUGGUUGGUGUAAAGUGGGAAAUAAUCGAGCUUUCCUUUCACAUCACUGCUGGAUCGCCACGAACUCAUGGGUACAAUUUUUCCUCUCUUUAACUCAACAUUUUCGGCUUGACUGAAUUUGGGGGAGGGGGGAGGAACGGGCCCUCAUGUCCCCCCCCCCCUUCGCUGGUUCCGCCACUGGUCCUGGUUUCAUGUUCUAUGCUUUUAGUAAUUUUAUCUUUUCCAUUAUAUAAUAUUUUGAAACCGAAUAUAAAACAA